AUGAGAAGGCUACAUGUUGUACUGGCAUGUCCCGGUACUACAGGGGAGGUAGAGCCUCAAGUGAGCGGUAAUAAGCGAAGUACAACAACAAAACUGGGAACGACGCAAGAGAACGAGGAAACUGCGGCUCCAUGCGAAUCGACUGAGAAUGCUACGCCCUACAGUAGCUGUUGCUGUGGGAAAGUAAAAAUCCAGAUGGGCUGUCACAUCGUCGGAAUUUCCUCAUUGCUGGCAACAAUUUCGAACGCUACACUUUACUUUUUCGGAGUUCCUCGAUUAGGAUUGAGUGGAACAUUCGAGGUUAUUCUGCUCGCCGCUGACUUUUUCACUGUGCUCUCGCUCUUUUUGGGACUGCUGAAACACCGUGCUGGACUGAUGAAACCUUACAUUCUAUUCAAUUCUGUGUGGAUACUAUCGCUCUGCCUGUUGCUCACAGUUUGCUUGUGGAAGUUAGCCAAAGGCAGUGAUCUCCCAAACAAUAUCCUCUCCAAUCUGAGAAGUCUCCGUUCCCAUACAGCAGAUGAUGAACAUGAUCACACUCAACAGAUGCAUCAUUCCAUAGCCGUCCCAAGUGAAGAUUCGAGCCUAGUGACAGCGGCUGUCAUGGUUGGUCUCGUCAUUGUCAUUAUCGUGGAUGGCUUCUUCCUACAUGUCGUUUAUCGCACGUUCUGUUUCUUUGCUUAUCUGGAAAGCAAAAGGAAAGAGGAGACCUUCGGUCAACUGACAACGACAACUUUAUAA